AUGGCUUCGAAGAUCAUUGUUCUCGGAGGUGUAAACUGCCAGUUAAAAGCAGUGUUCACAAAGCUAGCCAAAUUGCAGGUCAAACAAAAUUUCGCCUUUGCAAUUAUCGUCGGAAAUCUCUUCGGCGACUGCUCAGCAGAGAGUGAGCUGGAUGAGAUCUCUGCUUUACUCCAGGGGAGCAUAAAUGUACCCCUCCCAACAUAUUUCACAGUUGGCGAUUUACCGCUUCCAACUCGGAUAGUGGAAAAGAUCGAAGCCAAUGAUGAAGUGUGCCCGAAUCUGUACUUCCUUGGCAAGCGAGGCACCCUGAAAACUUCGGAAGGAAUUCGUAUUGCUGCUCUUGGUGGCAAGCUAGCAAGUGCAGAUUCACACAAGCCUGAGAGCAAUGCUAGUGGCAAAUUCCAAUCAACUUAUGCCGAAUCUGAUGCCCGUGCCCUUUUCGGCACCCAUAGCGCCGAUAUCCUUAUUACCAACCAAUGGCCCAAGGGAAUUCGAGUCGGGUCGAAAGCACCCCUUCCAGAAGACCAGAGCGUCUUUCCAGCUGAAGUACAGUGUGUGGCCGACGUCUGUGCCACUCUAAAACCUCGCUACCACUUUUCCGCAUCCGACCCAUUCUUCUAUGAACGAGAGCCAUUCUUCCACUUGCCGACAGAAGACAGCCCUGAUGUUAAGCCAUUGACGCGUUUCAUCUCCAUGGCUUCCUUCCAAUCGAAGCAGAAGUCGAUGUAUGCUUUCUCAUUAGACCCACAGGCUGCACCAUCGUACACAGUUCCGGUCGGUGCAACUGCAUCUCCUCUUUCCGCUCCUCAAUCUAAGCGCAAGGGACUUCCUACUCAACGGGAAUCAUUCCAACGCUUUGCACCAACAGAAGGUGAAGGCCAUCGUCCAUACAAGCGUCAGAGAGAGCGUGCUCCACCCCCAGGCCCUGACCAAUGCUUCUUCUGUCUCUCCAACCCCAACAUCGCCACACAUCUCAUCACUUCUAUCGGCGACGAAAGCUAUCUCACAACAGCCAAGGGUCCCCUCCCACCAAACGAUUUCUUCUCUUCUCUUGGCUUCCCGGGCCACAUGCUCAUUAUUCCAUUUUCGCACUCCCCAACACUAAAUUCAAUCCAAGACCCGGAAUCCCGUGCGUCUACCUACAAUGAGAUGCAGCGUUACCGCACUGCCUUGCACAAAAUGGUCACAGAUCGCUCAGGUGGCAAGCUCGGUGCCGUAACGUGGGAAGUCAGUCGUACGAAUGGAAUUCACACACACUGGCAAUUCCUUCCUGUGCCAAUCGACCUAAUCCGUGACGGACUAGUCGACGCCGCAUUCAAGGUCGAAGCCGAGAACCUCAAAUACCCCCGGUUUUCUACCAUCCCAGUGUCAGAAUCAAAGGGCGCUGAAGAAGCAGGUGACUUUUUCCGGCUGUGGAUCUGGAACUCUGUGGAUACAGAUGGGUCUGCAGAGGCUGACACAGCGGCGGGUGAGGAAAAGAUGCUAAUGCUGGAGCUAUCGCAGGAUUUCCGGUUUGAUCUUCAAUUCGGUCGUCGUGUAAUGGCCAAGCUACUGGAGCUGGAUAAGCGGAUGAACUGGAGGGAUGCGACCCAGACCGUUGAGGAAGAAGAAGCCGAUACCGCGGCAUUCAAGGAGGCGUUCAAGAAGUAUGACUUUGCCCUAGAGUAA